AGAGGUAAAGAUGAGGAAUAUGCACUUGAAAAGAGGGCAACUGUACCCCGCAGGCAUUGCUCAGAAAAUGAGGGUGUAUGUUAAUGAUGCCUUUCAAGAAGCAGCAAAAUCAACUACAGGAAGAAAUGCAACCUAGGAUCUGGAGGGAAAGGUGUGAAAGUCAUCAACGCUGAUGAGACUGAGUGAAGUCACCCAGAGGCCAGGGCAGAGGUAAGAGGGAGAAGAAGAAAAGAAGUGUACCAAAGCCAGAAACCAGCAGAAAACAAUUUGGAGGAAUGGAUGAAGACUUUAAAACACAGCCACUUGACUCUACUCUACAAAGUCCAUCAGAGACAUUACUUUCAAUUCGAAUGCUAGAUUUUAAAACAAGUUUAUUGGAGGCAAUAGAAGAACUGCGUAUAAGAAGGGAAACAGAGAUUAAUUAUGAAGAUCAAAUAAGUAAAAUUGUUGUUGAGAAACAGGAGCUUGAAUGGCAGAAGGAAACUCUGCAGCAUCAGACAGACACAUUGUACCAACAAAACAAGGAAACUAUGGCAGCUUUUAAAAAACAGUUGCAAGCAAGGAUGUUUGCCAUGGAAGAAGAAAAGGGAAAAUACCAACUUGCUGUAGAAACAAAAGAAAAAGAAAUUGACGGACUGAAAGAAACAUUAAAAGCAUUACAGAUUUCAAAAUACACUUUACAAAAGAAACUGAAUGAAAUGGAUCAAAAAUUACAGAUGCAUUUAACAGCGAAAGAGGAGCAUCAGAAGAAACUGAAUGAAGUUGAGAGGUGUUAUGCUACUAUUGCAUCUCAGUUUGGAGUCGUGAAAGGCAUUCAUGGAAAACUAGAGCACAGUGUCCAGGAAGCGAUACAGCUCAAUAAGAAACUAACAUCAGUGAAUAAAAGACAAGAGACUGAAAUAAGUAAUUUGAAGGAAGAACUGAAGAAAGUAACUACAGACUUGAUAAGGUCCAAGGUCACAUCUCAGUACAGGGUGGGAGAAGAAAACAUCAAUCUUGCAGCAAAGGAAAAACAGUUUCAAGAACUGCAACAAAAAAUCAGAAUGGAGACGGCAGUUACUAAAAAAGUUCAAGAAGAAAACACUCACAUUAAAGAAGAAAAGCUGGAAAUUCUCAGCUCUCUACAGUGUGUGCAGGAGCUGCUUCAGCGAAUAACCCAAACGAAUGCUAGAAUGGAAAGUGAAUUAACUGCACUGAAAGAAGAGUAUCAGACCCUUGAAAGAGAUAAUGAGCUGCAAAGGGAGAAGGCAAAGGAAAAUGAAGAAAAGUUCCUUAAUCUUCAGAAUGAGCAUGAGAAAGCACUGAGAACUUGGAAGAAAGAUGAGGAAAACAUGAGAAGAGAAAUAGAGACUCUUAAAAAUGAGUUGAAUUCCUUUAAAGGUGUUCACAAACACCUUGAUGAUCACCCUCCUCAGGGAAAUCAGCAUUCUGAGCAAGUGCAAAAUCUGCAAAGUGGUGAAGAACAUUCAAAAAACAGUGGUGUACAGGCUGUUCAGGAAGAAAAUAAACACAUGGAAUCCACCAUAAGAAAAGGCAGUAAUUUUAGACAUGAAGAAACUGAAGUACAAAAUGCAAUUCCUCUAAACAUUGCAGAAUUACAGAUAGAGCAAAAUUUACAAGUUCUUGAAAACAGUUUUAAGGAUGAAAGUAAUGUUGCUAGCCCUUAUGAAGAAAAGCAAAGGGAGGCUUCUCCCAGCAAUAUCCUCUGCACAGAUACUGAUUUAAUUAUUCAAGAACAGACCUCAGAAAUUUGUGUCACUGAGUGCAAAGAAGCAGAAAAUCUAGGAGCAACAUGUAGAAUGUUACUGGAUGAAAACAGUGCAAAUUCAGAACAAAAACUACAGGACAGCAGUAAGCCACUGGCAGCAUGCGACACACAGACAAGAAAGGUCCUUUCAGACAGGACUGACACUGUAGGUGCCUACAGGAAAAAUGGAAGUCAAGAGACUGAUUCUAACAAGCCAGAGCUGUGUGGUGUUACAGAUGAAUCAAUUUGUAGUAAGGCAGAUAAAAAGUCAAAUACCAUGCAACACAACAGAAGUGUCCUUACACCUGAAGCACCCCAAACUGAGUCUGAAGCAGUCGUUUGCAGUGAGAAGAAUGGUGUGUGUAAGAGGAGUACAGAUAAUCAUCAAGCUAAGGAAGCAAGUUUUGGCAUUCUAUCUUAUAAUAAAGAAACAGAAUGCCAAAGAUGUAGCUUGCUGGAUGGUGAUAAUUAUGUAGGCAAUGGAUUACAUAAACCAGAAAGAAGUUUGCUAAAUCUGAGUGGUUUACAUGGAGACGAACUUCCUUUUAAACAGACACACAUAGAUGCUGAAGACAGAAAUUGCACUGAAAAUGCCACAAAUGUAAACAGAGAUGGUGCACUGGAGAGCACUGGUGUUCCCCUGACUGAUGCUCAAGAUCCACCAACUGCCUAUUGUGACAAUGCAAGUGGUGAUGAUGCCACAAAACCCCACAGUGAUAAUGUGCCUGUCUUGGGUUCGUUCAAUUUAUGCCCCCCAACUACAGAAAGAGGAAUAAAUAUGGAUGACUUGCACAGUAAGCAACCUGAACGAGACAGUGCUGAACAAACAGGGAAUGCUACAAAAGCCUGUACUUCAAAUGCUGAAGCUCCAGUUGAGGCUGAUGCUCUUGAAAUAAUUGCUCAUAGAAUUAGUACAGAUAAACUAAUUCCAUGUAAAAAAGUUAAUGAUGAUAUACAGAUAUACUCCAUCAAAACCAGAGAUUCCCUGGAGAGUAAUAAUUUAACAAGUAACACAUUGUUAACAGAGAAAAAAGAUUCACUGAAUAGUACAGUUCCAGGAAGGAAGUUUGCUGAGGGUCACCUGAAAGAAUCGUCCUCUUUACCCAUGAGAACAUCUGGAAAUUUAGUAAACAUGAAUGGAAGGUCAUCCUUUGAUCUUUCAGCCUCAGAUAAAAAAGUUGAGAAAACUCCAGUAUACUUAAAUUUUUUAGACCUCAGUUCUUGUUCAAGAGUAAAUCAAAUGAGAGGUCAAGCUACAGGGACUUCAACUUCCAAAGAACCUUCCCUUUUGAAACUACCAUGCUUACUGGAAAACACAAAGGUUUCUUCAAAAGCUCAAAAACUCUGUGAAAAUGUUGACAGAAGAGAAACAGGACUAGCUUCUACCAGUCUUAACAGAGCUGCUGACACUUUGAAUACCUCUAGCAUCCACAGAGAGCCCCAGGGAGACCCCAGUGAAGGAUGGAAUGCUACAGCAAAGACUUUUUAUGAUUCUUCUUUUCCCACAGAACAUCUAAAAAAAGGAUUUACUGCUUUACAGAACUCUUCUCACGUGACUGUAACUCCAGCAAGAAGUGGAAGUGCAGCCAGAGAUGAGGACAGUUCUUCAAUUCAUAACUCCAUUAUACAAAACCAAAUACAAGAAAUUGAGAAAAUCCUGAAUGUUGAGAGACUUCAUUCAGCAAGAAAGAGAAAAUAUGAAGAAGGCCAGUGA